AUGGCGCGGAGCGGACGGCAUUCAGGCAGAGGUACAACCGGGAUCAGGUAUGACUUGGAUGAGACCAUUGGAAAGCUGUUAAACGAGGACGCGGAGCGGUUCUCCCUGCCAAUCAAGCGGCGCCACGUCAGCACGGGACACGGGCUGCAGGGAUUCGUUCUGUACAGCAGCUACCGGCUGAACAUGUCAUCCUUUGUGGUGCUCGGACUCUCCCCCAUGGCGCUGCACUCGCUGCCACGUGUCAACUCGUGCAGAUGGGAGCCGACGACUCCAGCAUCACAUGCUGAUGAGCCACGUGGCAGUGAUGGUACACGUGGCACAGCCACGUCAGCACGCGCAGGAUUCUCACGACACUUGUUAGAAGUCAAGGGAGGUGGGAAAGUGGGGCCACGGGAGAAAAGGGAUGAGGGAGGUAAAGGGGCGGUGCGAGGCAAAGGGGAUGGGGGAAAUGAAGGGGUGAUACAGGGUAGGGGGGCAGGAAGGGGUAAGGGGAAUGGACGGGGCAAUGGAGCAGGGGAUGGGGGAAGUAAAGGGGUGGUACAGGGUAGGGGGGCAGGAAGGGGUAAAGGAGGGGAUGGACGGGGAAACGGGGCGGGUGAUGGGGGGAGGGUAAGGCAUGGGGGUGGGGGAAAGAUCGGGGUAAAGUGGGCGCAUGUGGUUCACAAGGGGAAGAGUGGGGCUGAGAGUGUGAGUAAGGGGAGAAGAGAGAAUGAGAAGAGGGUCGAGGUGGGGAAGACGGAGGGAAACAAUGAGGUGAAAAAGGGUGCAGUGGGGUUGAAUGAGCAGCAGGGGGUGCAGCAGACAGGCAAGGAGGUAGAGAAGGGAGGUGGGCGAGGAAGGGAAGGGGGGAAGGGAGGAGAGAAGGGUAGGGAAAAGGGAGGAGAAAAAGGAGGAGACAAGGAAAGAGAGAAAGGAGGAGGGAAAGGAGGAGAAGUGGGUGAAGAGAAGGGGAAAGGGAAGCGGGGAGACAAAGGAGGAGGGGAGGGAGGAGGGAAGGGAGGAGGGGAGAGGAAGGAGGAGCAGAAGGUAGGUGGCGUUUCUGCCAAGGACGGUACAGGUGCGAAGAAAGCAGCAGUCACAGGCGGUGGCGGAGUGGUAGGUCGGGCGGAGGGAGUGAUUUCGGUCAUGCAAGGGGAUAGCACGCACUACCCAGGGGAGGGCUUUAAGAUGCGGUACGAGGCGGUGAUCCUGCAGUGCUCCCUGCAGGCGCCCACGGGGCCGAUCUCGGGCGGCCGGCUGGUGAUGGCGGUGGAUGGGUGCGAGGCGGUGGUGGUGCAGGAGGAGCAAGGGCACGACCUGCCGCACGCCAUGCGCACUCAUGACUUCCCCCAUGCUCUCACCCACUGCUCGUCGCCGCUAUACAAGCCGACACACGCCGGCCGGCUGCGCGAGUGGAUGGAUUUCCACAGCACUGUUCACCGCGUGGACCUCUUCCUGCUGUACGAUGCGGGCGGCGUGGACGGCGCCGUGCGACAUGCGCUGCACCCGCUGCUGGCGGGCGGCUCAGUGCAGAUCGCGGAUCUCAGAGACGCCGCCCGGUUCGAGAGCUACCACCACGCUCAGGUCCUAGCAAUGAACGAUGGCAUUUUCCGCACGAGGCACCUCAGACUCCCCCUCUCUCCCUCCCCUCCCUCCCCUCCCCUCCCCACGCUCCUCCCAUCCCCCUCACCUACAUUCUUCCAGCUCCUAGCGAUGAACGACUGCAUAUUCCGCACGCGCCACCUCUCCCGCUGGACGCUCUUCCUCGACUUUGACCACUACAUCACCAUCCCCCACGCCCUCAUCUCCAACCGCUAUCCCCCCACCACCACUUCUGCCACCGCCGCCACCACCACCACCACCACUCCCACCAUCACCAUUGCCACCACCACUGCCACUGGUACCGCCACCUUUCCCAGAACGCUCCUGGCUGACCCGAGUAACAGCAGGGCGCUCUCUCUGCUGGCGUUCCUCGAUGGGAAGGGCCAGACUGUUGACGGGAGGUGGCAGGGGGAGGGCGAGGAGGGGUGGACGUGGGUGAGCUUCGGGUGCUUCGUCUUCUCUGUCGACCGCUGCGCUCCUCUGCCCGACAUCAGUGAGGGGGACGAGUGGGCAGUGGAGCGCAUGGUGUAUCGGGACCCUGAGCCAUACUGCAGAGAGAAAAGCAGCUACAGCGACAAGACCGUGUGCCAUGCCUCUAACCAUUCCCCCUGUCUUCCACCUCCCACCACCACCCACAACCCGUGCAGUGAGGGGGACGAGUGGGCGGUAGAGCGCAUGGUGUAUCGGGACCCUGAGCCAUACUGCAAGGAGAACAGCAGCUAUAGCGACAAGACCGUAUGCCAAAAGGCAGAUGGCCUUCGCCAACUCGCCAUCAACCCGCGCAAAACCCUCGUGGUUCAGAGCAACCGGAUUUUGAAUGCGGAGCCGGGAGGCUACAUAGCGCCCACGGGGAGUGUGCGCAUAAACUACUUCAAGGGGCUUUCUGAACGCGACCGCAGCACCUGUGAAAUUAUCAUGCCCAAUUCUGAUGGUACCAUCGAUGCCAACUUGACUCAAGAUUACUCCGAAGAGGAGGAGGAGGAGGAGGAGGGGGAGGAGGAUGACGAGGAGGAGGAGGAGGGGGAGGGGGAGGACGAGGAGGAGGAGUGGGGGGAGGGGGAGGAGGAGUGUGGUGAGGAGGAGUGGGGGGAGGAGGAUGAGGAGGAGGAAUUGGGGGAGGAGGAGAUGGAGUGGGGGGAGGAGGGGGAGGAAUGGGGGGAGGAGGAGGAGGAGGAAUGGGGGGAGGAGGAGGAGGAAUGGGGGGAGGAGGAGGAGGAGGAGGAGGAGGAGGAGGAGGAGGAGGAGGAGGAGGAGGAGGAGGAGGAGGAGGAUGAGGAGGAGGGGGGUGAGGAGGAGGGGGGUGAGGAGGUGGGUGAGGAAGGGGAGGGUGAGGAGGAGGAGGGGUUGAGCACUGAGGGGAUAACGGAGCAAGAGCAACAGCAGGUUCAGCAGUCUCUGAAGCAACUGAUUGGUGACGGUGGGGCUGACGAAGGGACUAUUGUUGCUGCUGUUCGUAAUGCUGCUGCUGGUGAUGGUGGUUCCAGUGGUGGCAGCAGUGGUGGUGGUGGUGGUGAUGUAGAUGAAGUGUUUGAGUCACUGAAUGCGGCAGAUGACAUUUUUUCAUUGAUGCUGGCACUUGAUGUGCGCUGGGUGGAUGCAACAGAAGGUUCAGGGGCAUUGGACCAUUUUAACUCGCACGGCCACAUCCCACCAGAGGAUCUCAAGCAGAUCUGGGCGGCGUGGCGGGCAUCUGGUGACACGUGGCACACUCACAGGGACUCUGUGCGGCUGAUAGUGUUCAACUCCGCCGUCCAGCUGGCACUGGAUGAGUGCAUGAGGUCGCCCUGUCACCCCACCUCCUCCGGCCCAUCAUUCCUCGCUGGCAUGGCAGCAGCCGUCGGCCUCUCACAAUCCGUGGCCCUCGCAGCAACACUCAAAGGCGUGGUUGCCAGGCUGGAAACAGAGCUCAUCGCUUGCAACGUGAGUCUACAGGGUGUUUGUGAGGAUACGGAAAGGCACACUAGACCAGCAGCCAAUGUCGGCCUCUCACCACCCGUGGCCCUCGCAGCAACACUCAAGGGCGUGGCUGCCAGGCUGGAAGCAGAGCUUGUCGCUUGCAAUGUGAGUCUGCAGGGUGUUUGUGAGGAUACGGAAAGGCACACUAGACCAGCAGCCAAUGUCGGCCUCUCACCACCCGUGGCCCUCGCAGCAACACUCAAGGGCGUGGCUGCCAGGCUGGAAGCAGAGCUUGUCGCUUGCAAUGUGAGUCUGCAGGGUGUUUGUGAGGAUACUCAAAGGCACACUAGACUGGCACUUCCAGUCCACCUUGCGCCAUCUGUAGCCCUCGCAGCAACACUCAAAGGCGUGGUUGCCAGGCUGGAAGCAGAGCUCAUCGCUUGCAAUUAUGACUCCAGCACCCCAUUCCUCCCGCUUUCACCCAUCUUCUCCCCUUGCCCCCGUCUUCUCCCCUUGCCCUCAUCUUCUCCCUUUGCCCCAUCGUCUCCCCUUGCCCUUAUCUUAUCGGUUGCCCCAUCGUCUCCCCUUGCCCUCAUCUUCAUCCAUCCCCACCAGCCUGAGCUAGCGUCUUCAGCCAACUGUCUGGGUGUCAUGCUGACUCGCCGGCAGCGGGAGGAGCUGGCAUGGAUGUAUGAAAGGGCUGCUGGUCCCAUGCAUGUGGUGCUCGUGAGGACUGCUCUUGGGGUAUAA